GAUGCAACGUCCUAGUCGAGGAAGCCGCCAGUGCACGUUGGGGUGCAAGGCAGCAAAGUCUUGGAGACGAUGUCCUUGGAGGUGACCGGAACGACCGCAGGGAUGGUACUAGCAGAGCUCUAUGUCUCCGAUCGAGAGGGAAAUGAUGCUACAGGUGAUGGAACCAAGGAGAAACCUUUUAAAACAGGCCUAAAGGCUUUGAUGACAGUAGGAAAAGAACCGUUUCCCACCAUUUACAUAGAUUCACAAAAAGAAAAUGAGAGGUGGGAUGUUAUUUCUAAAUCACAGAUGAAGAACAUUAAAAAAAUGUGGCAUAGGGAACAAAUGAAGAGUGAAUCCUGGGAAAAAAAAGAGGCAGAAGACAAUUUGAGGAGAGAAAAGAACCUGGAAGAAGCAAAGAAGAUUACUAUUAAAAACGAUCUAAGUCUCCCAGAGCCAAAAUGUGUGAAGAUUCAUGCACUAGAAGGAUACAGAGGCCAAAGAGUAAAGGUGUUUGGCUGGAUCCACAGGCUGCGGAGACAAGGAAAGAAUUUAAUGUUUCUGGUGUUGCGGGAUGGUACAGGCUAUCUUCAGUGUGUCUUGUCAGAUGAUUUGUGUCAGUGUUACAAUGGAGUCGUCUUGGCCACUGAGAGUAGUGUUGCGGUGUAUGGAAUGCUAAAUCUGACUCCAAAGGGCAAACAGGCUCCGGGUGGCCAUGAGCUGAGCUGUGACUUCUGGGAACUGAUCGGGCUGGCCCCUGCUGGAGGAGCUGAUAACUUGAUUAACGAGGAGUCUGACGUGGACGUCCAGCUCAACAACCGACACAUGAUGAUUCGGGGAGAAAACAUGUCCAAGAUCCUGAAAGCACGUUCAGUGGUCACCCGGUGCUUUCGAGAUCACUUCUUUGAUAGGGGGUACUAUGAAGUUACUCCUCCAACGUUAGUGCAAACUCAAGUGGAAGGAGGUGCUACACUCUUCAAGCUUGACUAUUUUGGGGAAGAGGCAUUUUUGACUCAGUCCUCUCAGUUGUACCUGGAGACCUGCAUUCCAGCUCUGGGAGAUGUGUUUUGUAUUGCACAGUCAUACCGGGCAGAACAAUCUAGAACGCGAAGGCACCUGGCUGAAUACACUCACGUGGAAGCAGAGUGUCCUUUCCUGACCUUUGAGGAGCUCCUGAACCGAUUGGAGGACUUGGUUUGUGACGUGGUAGAUAGAGUCUUGAAAUCACCUGCAGCGAGCAUAGUGCGUGACCUCAACCCGAACGUCAAGCCUCCCAAACGGCCUGUUAAGCGGAUGAACUAUUCAGAUGCUAUUGUGUGGCUGAAAGAACACAAUAUAAAGAGAGAAGAUGGAACUUUCUAUGAAUUUGGAGAGGAUAUCCCAGAAGCUCCUGAGAGACUGAUGACAGACACCAUUAAUGAGCCCAUCUUGCUAUGUCGAUUUCCUCUAGAGAUCAAGUCCUUCUAUAUGCAGCGAUGUCCUGAGGAUUCCCGCCUUACAGAAUCUGUUGACGUGUUGAUGCCCAAUGUUGGUGAGAUUGUGGGAGGCUCAAUGCGUAUCUGGGAUAGUGAGGAAAUACUGGCAGGUUAUAAAAGGGAAGGAAUUGACCCCACUCCUUAUUACUGGUACACAGAUCAGAGAAAAUAUGGCACAUGUCCUCAUGGAGGAUAUGGCUUGGGCUUGGAACGAUUCUUGACCUGGAUUCUGAAUAGAUAUCACAUCCGAGAUGUAUGCUUAUACCCGCGAUUUGUCCAGCGUUGCAAGCCGUAACUGAUUCCUCCAGAAGCGUUAGGGAAAGAACACAGUUUAUGAAAGGAACAGACUGCCUCUUAACAAAACAAAAACAAAAAGCCAAAAUCUUCCCUUUUUUAUUCCAUUGGUGUAUAGCCAUUUCUUUUUUCUCCCACAAAAAGCAAUCCAAAUCGUGAAUAUCAAGUGAUGUCAGUGUUACCAUUUUAAGAAACAAUAUCCAUCACAAAGUUUGGGGGAAAUAUGUGGCAUGUAACACUACAGUUCUAAGUCUAUCCAAUUAUAGGUUAUAAUUUUUGCAUCAUAUGUACCACAUAUAUAAUUAAACAGAUUUUAAUUAUGAUCUAAGACAUUCCAGUAACUUAAUCUUUCCGUCCUGUUAAGUGUAACUGGAAUUCUUUACUUUGUAUCAUUUUAUUGUAUAGGCGAGUUAGAACAGACAUCUUG